AUUCCACUCAUUGUCAAUAUGACCAUUUAUUACGAUUAACCACUUUGCUAUUUUCGUAUUUCAUUAAUUUUUCAUAACUCUCCUACUGUGAAGUUCUUGAUUGCCAUAAAUCUUGUUGUCAGUUCUCAACUUGCUUUACUAUGAAUAAUUUGGUUUCACGUGUCGCUGCCAAACAAUGCCUAUCAUUAAGAGCAGUCGCAAGAGUUUCAAGCCGUAGCUUUGUUUCUAAAAUCGAAGAUGCUAGCACUCAUACGGGCCAGAAGUGGGAAUCUGAUGACUACAGAUUGGCUCGAUUCAUGAAUGCUCCCAAGCAAGUUAAUCCUAAUUGGGCAGUUAAUUUGAUAGCAGAAGUACCCCCAAAACAAGUUACUGAAAGAGUGGUAUGGUGUGAUGGAGGAAGUGGCCCUGAAGGACAUCCACGCGUUUUCAUUAAUUUGGACAAACCUGGGGACCAUUCAUGUGGAUACUGUGGUUUACGAUUUGUCAAAAAAGAUGGUCACUAAUAGAAGAAAACAAACAUGAGUGGAAUAAUUCUA